UAUAUAUAAUUCUUGACAAGUCAAGAAUGCUCCCUCUUGUAAUUCGCGUUUGAGCGAUAAAAGGAGAGAUAAAGCGAGAAUCGCGGAAGGUUCUGGGACGAUAAUACUCCGAUAAGGAUUUGCGGCGGCGACGAUGAGCUGACCGAAAGUACAAAGCGGCUGGCCGACAUUUGAAAGGAGACGGCUCGAGCGUUCAGGCUAAGCGCGUGAUCAGCUGAUCGACGAAGUUGCAGAGCGCGAGACACACGUGUAACAGUGUGAUUGUAAUUGUAAUUAACAUAAAUACUCAUUAUGCGUCUGAUAAUUUGUGACACAGUGGACUAUGUCGCAGAGUGGUCUGCGAAGUAUGUUCUUAAGAGAAUCAAUGAUUUCAAGCCUAAUAAGGACAAGUAUUUUGUCCUUGGUCUUCCUACAGGCGGUACGCCUCUGGGAAUGUAUAAAAAGCUCAUAUCAUAUUAUCAACAAGGCAAAAUUUCCUUCAAGUAUGUUAAAACAUUCAAUAUGGAUGAGUAUGUCGACCUACCAAGAGAUCAUCCUGAGUCUUAUCAUUAUUACAUGUACAACAAUUUCUUUAAACACAUAGAUAUAGAUCCAGAGAAUGUGCAUAUACUUGAUGGAAAUGCGGUGGAUCUUGUAAAAGAGUGCGAUGACUUUGAGAGGAAGAUCAAAGAGGCUGGUGGAAUAGAAUUAUUCAUUGGAGGUAUCGGUCCAGAUGGACACAUAGCUUUCAACGAGCCAGGCUCAUCAUUGGUUUCCCGCACAAGGGUGAAGACUCUUGCCCAGGACACUUUGGAGGCCAAUGCGAGAUUCUUUGGAAACGACAUCAAUAAAGUCCCGAAACAAGCCCUGACUGUGGGUGUCGGCACCGUGAUGGAUGCUGAGGAAGUGAUGAUUCUUAUCACCGGGUCUCACAAGGCCUUUGCCCUUUACAAAGCGAUUGAGGAGGGUGUCAAUCACAUGUGGACGGUGUCGGCUUUUCAGCAACAUCCUCGUACGCUUAUAAUCUGUGAUGAAGACGCGACUCUGGAAUUACGUGUGAAAACAGUGAAAUAUUUUAAGAAUUUAUGGGAUAUUCAUAGCAAAUUUAUCGAGCAAGAAAAUCGAACAACGUAACAACUUUGUUAUUGUCAACCAUCGCCGAAAUUAAAUGAAAAAAGGAGUAAAAAAAGAACAAAUGGAGAAAAGUUAAGCAUCAAUUCAAAUUGUGAAUAAAUUGAUGAAAUAUUAUAUGUUAUGAAAUAUCCUACAUUUGUUAUUUUAAUAUUC